UAGAGACUGUUUACCAUGAAGAUGGGCUAAUGAGCUAAUGAGUGAGCUAUGGCUAAGUUCGGAAAGAGAAAAGUGGAUUCGCACUGGCAUAUUUUGAUUAAAUUGCUACGGUUUUAGUUGAAAUGGCAUCCCAGAUCCCAAUAACGGUGAAGCCGUAUCCGGCAGCCGCCAGCGCGGCGGCUCUCCGAGGGAAGAAGCGUCCAGGCAGUCCGGCGGUUGCAGGCGCUCAGCAGGCCGCAGGAAACAGCAACCUCAGCGGGAGCAAAAAGAAGAAACCCCCGCUGACAGCCACACCAUCCACACAGGCACAAAUAACAGCAGUUGAAACUGUGGCUGAGAUGAAGAUGGUGGGAUCAGUGGACAGCACGCCAACCACCAUGGAGUCUGCUGCAAAGCCCCCUCCUUUCAAAGACAACAUGUUUAUGCAUUCAGGGAUUGGUGGAGCAGCAGCUGGAAAAAAGAACCGGACCUGGAAGAAUCUUAAACAAAUUCUGGCCUUGGAGCGAACUUUACCCUGGAAGCUCAGUGAUCCCAACUACUACAACAUUGAUGCUCCUCCCUCUUUAAAACCAGCAAAGAAAUACUCAGACAUCUCUGGCCUACCCGCAAAUUACACAGAUCCACAGACCAAGCUGCGCUUCACAUCAUCUGAGGAGUUUUCCUACAUCCGUCUCCUCCCCACCGAUGUUGUUACAGGCUACCUGACCCUUCGAAAGGCAACAUGCAUCGUUCCAUGAUAGCUGAGCAGAGCUUCAUGCCUAAAAACAUGUUUGGACCAGUGAUGGACUUGCAUCAGUAGAUGUGGAGGAACAAGGCGUGGACGUGGGACCGCAGGAGGUUGCUGCUGAACUUUUGCACUGCAGUUAUGAGGACAGCAGUCUAAGUCAGGAUUGUGGCUGAUGAGAUUCACAGAAAGGAAGACUGAACAAUUACUAUAAUGUGUUUUGUCAUUCUUUUGAGAGUUUCUGGAUGGUGUGAAGUCAUCCCAGGAGAGAAUUUCCAGCGAACAAUUUUGAGUACAUACUUUUGCUUAAAUACAUGAUGCUGUUUUUCCAAUAAGUACUUGCUAAAGUUUGGAAAAUUUGAGUGCCCCUACACUUAGUGGUACCCCUGGUAGAGGUUUGCAUUAUCAGUCGGCUGGCAGAGUUCUUCCAAAGUUUUAUUUAAAAUAUCCUGGUAUUUUAAAGACUUUAAGAUGUUAUGUACUCUAACAUGGUUCAGAGAGCCUUUGGUAAAAAAGAAAAAAAACAGACCCACGGCAUCACAGAUCCUCUGUCAUACUUAAUGGGCAUCGGGCUCUCUUCCACUUGUUCAUCUUUUGAUUUCAUGCCAGACCCAUCUGGAGUGGUGCUGAAAAGCUCAGCCUUGGUCUUAUCUCACCAGACUCCACAUGUUUAUGCUUGUGAUAGUAGGACAAAAAGGAUUUUUGUUGGGAUGCCACUCAAAACAAAUGACAAGCAUGUAGAUGGUAUCUAAUGGAUUUUAUGGAGACUCGGUGGCUCCAAGAUGCUACUAUUUGCUGCAGUUUCAGAAUGCUGAUUGUAGUGAGCUUUAAAGAUUCCCGUUACCCUCUUAGCCUCCUCCUACCUUUGCAAAUAAGCAAGAUAAAUGGGGUUUCUCAGCGAGUUUAGCUGCCAACAGCUAAGAUAAAUGAGUCUCUCUCAGCCGGAUUUUUACCCGAAGGAAACGGGAAGUCUUACAUUUCUAAUAGUUUCAAAACGCUGAUCAACUUAAGGAGGGCUUGGUAACCGCUUUGUUGCUGAAGGUAGGCCAUCUUGUGUAAAACAUCGAGCAUAAAUAAAGUCAGUGUAUACAAA